AUGAGGGCGAAACCUGGUAGAGAGGUGUUCGAAGCACUAAGCGUGAAGAAAUUGGCUGCAUUAGUAGCAUUUCUUGUCGAAUGUAGGAUUGAUGUCGCCUUCAAGGCAGACGCCGCAAGUGUGUGGGGCUUCGUUGGCGAAGGGUUCAUUGUUGUUUGGGUUGGUGUUCGUCAAGUCGAUAACACUGGAGUUUUCAUUCUAAUAAUGAGAGACAAGUAUGUCAGCAUCAAGCUCGCAAGCAAAAAGAAAGAAAGAGUUCUCGUGAUCCACAGAUUGAUCAUGGCUUCACGCAAUGCUGCUGCUGUCGCCUUACACGUGUCGCAGGCCAGGAUCUCCCUCUUGCGCGGGAAGCCCUCAUUGAGCCUCUUGCCUGAGCGACUGCGAUUAUGUGUGGCCGUGACCAAGAAGAUCUGGGCUGUAGCCCUAUCUCUCAUGCUGAUGGUUUGGGCAUCCAUCGAAUUCGAUCUGGAGAGUGAAUGUGAUUUCUGCAGGAGAACAGAGAUGGUGGAAACGAAGGCUGAUAAGGUUUGUGGUCGACAGAGCGACUUGGACAAUCAGCAGAGAAACGAGCAAGCUGAGAUGAUCGAAGUGGCCAUAAUUAUCCUGGUGCUGGCUGUUCCGGACCAUAAUGAAUACUCCUGCUUCUUCCGAUCGGGUAUGCACACACAGCUGCAGGCGACGCUUGCUAUCAAAGCCGCGAUGCAGGGCCCCGAAGCUAUUUUCCGCUCAGAAUUGGGCGAACACUGGCCUAAUUUCGAUCACAGCAACAUGGCUUCAUCACCAGAUCCGGUGCGUUCGUCCAGAAGCUUGACUGACGUCCAUCAAGCCAGAGUGGCCUUCAGGCAGGACGUACAGGCAGCUGCCCGAUACCGAAGUUUCAUGGACGUCGAUGAUCAUGAACCAUGGGGAUGGCGCAUGAUGAUCAUAGAGAGAGAGAGAGAGAGCGCAUCGACCAUUGAUGUAGGAGAAAGUAGCAGAUACGUCCUUCUUAGUAUAGGUGGUCCUGUUGGACUCCAACUGCCUCUCAUAGCAACUUGGGGCUACAAAAAGCUCGUUGGAGGUUCAAAGAUGCCGAGAUUCUGGAAUUCCCAACGCUUCUCCAUAAUCGAUUACUUUGACUUUGACACGAUCAUCAUUCUUCGGAUGAUGAAAUCACUCAUGCGACGGCAUAGAAUUCGAUAA